AAAGCCAACACUUUUCCAUUCAUCCCUAUUUGUCUUACCAUGACCGUCACGAUCCAGAAAGACGUCUGGUCCGAUGAUGCUACACCGUACGCGGUGUUGAGUAGGUUCAACAGGUUCGGUACUCCCCACGAGCAAGAUUGGUGGAAGAAGACCGGUCGACUGCUGUCGAAAGUCCUGGAGGCCGCUCAAUACAGUCAAGAUCGCCAGUAUGAGGCACUGCUCUUCUACUCGCAGAUUCUUAUUCCGCGACUGGGCCCUUAUCCAUCGGUGUUCCGCAGUGCUAUUACUCGCAGUGGACUACCUCUCGAGUUCAGCGUCAAUUACCAGCAGCACUCGGUCGCUGGUCAUGUCGUGCGCAUUGGGCUUGAGCCUGUGGCUGAGGCGUCAGGCACUACCAAGGACCCCUACAAUCAGAAGCCGAUUAUCGAGCUGUUGGACAAGCUAGAGAAGCUAGGUCCACCAGGCUUCAAUGCAUCACUGUUCAAUCACUUCUUGGAGGCACACACCCUCAGCGAGCAGGAGAGCCAGGAGCUUGGUGCUGACGCGAGGCCCGGCACCAUUCUUACAUCCCAGGCGGCUUUUGGGUUUGAUUUGCAGCCAGAAACCAUUUCGGUCAAAGGCUACACCUUUCCAGGCCUCAAGACGCAAGUGAAGAGCCAAGGCUUCGGAAGUAUCAUCAAUAAGUCCUUGAUACCUCUCAAAGAGUCUAUCGGGCCAUUUCCCGCCUUCGACCUGGUGGAUGGCUAUAUGGCAGCCACAGACGGGUAUAGUCAGUUUGCCUUUUGGUCAUUUGACUGUGCAGACAACACAAAGGCCCGGCUGAAACUCUACAGCGCCCACAACAGCGUCAUUUGGUCCAAGAUCCAGGAAAUCUGGACGCUGGGAGGUCGUGUAGACACGCCUGUGGUACAGAAGGGGCUAGAGUAUUUGCGUGAGCUCUGGCGACUGACUGGCAUCAGCGAGGGUGAUCGUGCCUUUACUGGUGGCUUUGACGAUGGUAAGGAUGCCACACCUACACCAAUGGUGUGGAACUAUGAAAUGCGGGUUGGCGAGGCUAUGCCCUUGACUAAGUUUUAUUUUCCUGUCCACGGAGAGAAUGAUGAGCGUAUCAUUCGCGGAUUAGCCAAGUUUCUGGCGCAUAUUGGCCUGGUAUCAGAUGGCAAUAAUCUGGAGAACGUGAUUCAAGGCUUCUACCCUAACCUUCAAUUGAGCAAGACCUCUCGACUUAUCUCGUGGAUCUCAUUCGCCUACACUGAGAAGACAGGUGUUUAUUUAAGCGUGUAUUAUCAUUCCUCGGAAGACUAUCCAUGGGCAGAGGAAGAGGCGAAGGCAUAA